UCAGACCCCCACGCGCCCCUCUUCUCCAUUCAGACCUAGAACGCAGCAGCCCUAAAAGACGAAGAACCCUAGUUCGGUGCGGCAUCUCUUCAUACACUACGCCGUGAUUAGCACGAUUUCUUGUACCGCUCAAAGAUUUUAGAAACUCUUCGAUGGUAUUGUGUUGUAAUUUACCAGAAACUGUGCCUCACUGCGAGUCUACGACCAGCGACAUUGCCUGACUUUCACGAUUUCUACUGACGGCUUUGCAAUAUAUCAGUAUCUCAGUCUUUUCUUCCAAGUUUCAACUGAACACCUCAUCCAUGGAGCAUAAUUGCCAAUAAUAAAACCUCCCAAGGUUCAGACUUGUAUAAAUGCAGCAAUCAACACUAUCAUCACACACGUCGGCGGUACAAGGAGCUUCAGCUGCGGAGUCCAAUGAGAUGAGUGGAGAUGCGCCGCCAAAGCAGGUGGCAAUGGCACUGGAGCGACUGGGGCAGGCGAGUCGACUCAUAGCUGAUAUUAGAAUUGGCGCAGAUCGGCUGUUGGAAGCCCUAUUUGUGUCAGCGCAGCGGCAACACUCUUCUAAACCUUUGCAUCUUAUCCACAAAGAAGAAGCUUCCAUGAGACAACACCUUCAAGAGCUUCGCUCUGUUGGAAGACAGUUAGAAGAUUCUGGUGUCCUCAAUGAUUCCCUCCGAUCACGAAGUAAUUCAUGGGGCCUCCACAUGCCUUUGGUUUGUCCUGAUGGUGCUGUUGUUGCAUAUGCAUGGAAGAGACAACUUGCUGGUCAGGCUGGUGCAUCUGCAGUUGAUAGGACCAGGUUAGCUCUCAAGGCCUUCAAUGGUCAGAAAAGACGAUUUUUCCCCCACCUUGAUACCAAUUAUGGUGGGGAGGGUGUGACAAAGAAACUUCGUGGUCCUCCAUCAAGUGAUCAAGAAGAAACUUGUGAACUGAAAUCAGUGUCUGAAGUUUUGACACAUCUGAAAAAGGAGGUCCCAAAUGUAAUAACAUUCUCUUACCGGCGUUUGGAUUGGUUGUUGCGAGCUACCUCAUUGCCCUCUUCGACCAGUGAAAAUUCUAUUGAAUUAUCGAAAGAGAAUACUUUCCAAAGCACGAGAACAUUAAGACAAGGAUCAUCUGAUGAUGAUGUUCCAGACAAGGUUGCCAUAAUCGAAUUGUUGAUUCCUUCUGUUUUUAGAGCCAUAGUAUCAGUUUCCCCUGCUGGUUCCUUGGAUCCCGACGCUGUAGCAUUCUUCUCGCCAAACGAGGGUGGUAGCUACAUACAUGCGAGGGGAUUCUCAGUUCAUCAUGUAUUUAGGCACAUCACGGAGCAUGCUGCUAUGGCUUUACAGCAUUUUACAGGUGUUGGUACUGAGUCACCCUUGCUUUCUUUGCUGUUAUGGGUUUGCAGCUAUCAGACUUUGUUCUCGAAAGGUUGCAGUAAGUGUAGCCGUCUACUAUCAAUGGACAAAGAGUCUGCUAUGCUACUGCCCCCUGUUAAUCGCCCUUACCGAAACUUUUCUGCUGGAAAAUUCUUGUCAAAAGAGGAGCCAAGUGUGGAUUCUAGUCAGUGUUUUCACAUCGACUGCUUUUCUGAGGAAGCAUAGGAAAUCAGCUUUCUGACACCAUUGUACAAAGAAAUUCCGAAUCUAUAGAUAGGCUCUCAACAUUUUGGACCUCUUUCCCACCAGACAGGUAACAACCAGCUUUUGUACUUCCGUUUUCUUGCAUUUAAACUAGUUUCGCUUGAUCUUGAAAAGUCGUAGUAAGAAAUGUGAAAUUUAUUCUCUGUUCAACAAAAAAUAGGACAAAGGUACCUCAUCCUCUUUGGUCAUUAUAAUGUAGUAUGUAGCCUGAGAGUGGUUGGUUAACGAUUUGGAUUGUAUUUGUAACACCAAACUUUAGAUUAGUUACGUUUAAGUUUCUUUUUGAGGUCUUUAAAAUCCUCCUAAAUCAAUGACAACUCUAUACUUGUGAUCUUUUCGGAAGUCACGAAGGUUAACAGAAAGUCAA